AGUGAGUAUCUUGCAGUUACUUGUGUUGUCUUGGGAAAUACUUAAAACUUCUGCAUGAAUGAUCAUCGUGGGGACUGCAGCCUUUUGUAAAGGCAUCCCCUGAAAAAUGAAACUAUUCCCUGUCGAGUACACCCCAGAAUGUAUCUGAUUGCACUCUUCGUUUCAUUUGCGUUUUGGAUUUAAAACACGUCUGGUGGAAAAGCGUGUGUGCAUAUUGAGCUGUGCUCAAUUUUGUCUACCGGUUGUAUCCUGGGUUUGCAUGUUUUUUGUUUGCAUUUUUGUUUUUUAAUCUUUUUUUGUUAAAUUUACCAUUUUGAUUUAACGACGUUGAUGCUGGAGUUUUCAGCAACACUGUUAUAAAAAUGCUGAACAGCGUUUUGUUGCUAAGCGUUUUAACAGUGACAGUUUUAUCCUCGAAGACUGAAAGCCGAAAAACUUCGAAAGACAUUUGUAAGAGUCGUUGCUUUUGCGAGGAAAGGGAGAACAUUUUGAACAUCAACUGCGAAAACAAAGGAUUUACCGCAGUCAGUCAAUAUCAACCACCCCAAAAUAAAAUAUGCCAACUCUUUCUUAAUGGGAACUUUCUGUCUCGACUCAACCCCAACGAGUUUGUGAAUUACGGCAAUGUUACAAGCCUUCAUUUGGGGAACAAUGGUUUACAAGAGAUUAAAACGGGGGCUUUCACUGGACUUAAAAUUUUAAAGCGACUUCAUCUCAACAACAAUAUCUUGGAAAGUAUUAAAGAAGACACUUUCGCCGGUUUAGAAAGUUUGGAGUAUUUACAAGCAGAUUACAAUUACAUCAGCUCAAUUGAGGCAGGUUCGUUCAACAAAUUGAAUAAAUUAAAAGUACUAAUACUUAACGACAACCUGCUGCCUUCUCUUCCGAACAAUGUGUUCCGCUUUGUUAUGCUAACGCAUCUGGAUUUGAGAGGGAACCGGCUGAAAACAUUGCCGUUUGCUGGUGUAUUGGAACACAUAGGAGGUAUUAUGGAAAUCCAACUGGAGGAGAACCCCUGGAAUUGUACAUGCGAUCUGAUCCCUUUGAAAGCCUGGCUGGACACCAUUUCCGUUUUUGUGGGUGAUAUAGUGUGUGAAACUCCUUUCAGAUUGCAUGGGAAAGACGUUACACAACUGAUUAGACAAGACAUUUGCCCGAGAAGAAAUGCUGGCGAUUCAAGUCACCGCGUAAUGCAGCCUCCCUCAGAUUCUCGGUACGGUCCCUUUCCAACGUUACACACAGGCAUCACCCCAACAAGAACACCGAAAGCGUCCCGUGCUCCUAAAAUGAGAAAUCGGCCCACACCUAGGGUGACGGCAUCCAGUAAAGAUAAACACAUAUUUGGACCCAUCAUGGUUUAUCAGACGAGAUCUCCCAUAACAAUUACAUGUCCAAAUAUAUGCAUCUGCACUCUACAGAAUCCGGAUAGUGGGCUGAACGUAAAUUGUCAAGAAAGGAAACUGCAUAAUAUAUCAGAUCUUCAUCCUAAACCAUCUUAUCCAAAGAAACUGCACCUCACUGGUAAUUAUUUACAAGUAAUAUAUAGACCUGACCUUACAGAAUAUAGUUCUUUGGAGCUCCUCCAUCUAGGAAACAACAGAAUAGCAGUUAUUCAGGAUGGGGCAUUUGAAAAUUUGACUAGUUUACGCAGACUUUACCUUAACGGUAAUUACAUCGAAAGACUUUCCCCCUCGUUGUUCACAGGGCUGCAGAGCCUUCAGUAUUUAUACUUGGAGUAUAAUAUUAUCAAAGACAUUCUGCCGCAAACUUUCAACUCAUUACACAAUUUGCAGUUACUGUUCCUUAACAACAAUUUGUUAAGAUCUUUGCCUGAUAACGUUUUUGGCGGCACAAUGCUUACCAGGCUUAACCUUAGAAACAAUCAUUUCUCUCAUUUACCCGUACGAGGUGUGUUGGACCAGCUCUCUGCAUUUAUUCAGAUUGAUCUCCAAGAAAACCCGUGGGAUUGUACCUGUGACAUUGUCGCACUGAAGAAUUGGAUGGAACUGUCCAGCACCAGCGUUGUAGUUAACGAAAUCACAUGUGACUCUCCCUCUAAACAAGCAGGGCGCCUUCUGAGGUCUCUACGAAACGAUGCGAUUUGCCCAGAAACAGGCGUAGUCACGGAAACCGCAGAUCCCUCUGUGAGUACGAGCACUGAUACAGCUCCCUCUACAGCUAGUGCAGCAUUGGACACUGUGUCAGAAAUGCACCCAGAAGUACCCUUGUCUGUUUUAAUUUUGGGUCUACUGGUUGUGUUCAUCCUGUCCGUCUGCUUCGGUGCAGGUUUAUUUGUAUUUGUGCUUAAACGUCGCAAAGGGGGUGACAACAUCCCUUCAGGUACCAAUAAUUUGGACUUGAAUGCGUUUCAGGUUCAGUAUGGCUCCUAUAACACAGAGCCAAGCACAGACAAACCGGAGAAUAAUGUAUAUAACUACAUACCACCGUCUGUAAAUCAGAUGUGCCAAAACCCUAUUUAUAUGCAAAAGGAAGAUGAUCAAGUAGCGUUCUACAGAAACCUAAAAGAAUUGAACUUUAGUUCCAUGGAUCCUAAAAAAGAUGAGCGGUCACGAAGUCCUGCAUAUACUAUAAGCACAGUGGGGUUCGGUGAGAAACAGUCGUGUGGAAACCAAGAGUCGGAGCUCCUUUAUCAAAACGUUGCCGAACGAGUUAACGCGCUUCCAGCUGCGGGGAUACUAAACUAUAAUUUUUGCACCUUGCCCAAAAGACCUCCUGCGCCCCCAUACGAUUCGAGGCGCAACAACCAAGACAGGUUAAAUAAAGCGGUCUUGUAUGGGACCCCGAGGAAGUAUGCUGAACAGUGUCAAAACGAAUACCCUAUGCUUCCAGGGAAACUAAAGACAGUACCAGACUAUCUUGAAGUCCUGGAAAAACAUACUGCCAUUAGCCAAUUGUAAACAAAUUAGUAGACAUAGACUACAUCUAGGCAUAUAGCUAACCUGCAAAUAACGAGGACAACAUCUCGUAAACGAGAUUCAGACUUUAUUUUACUUGCAAGCUGUGUAAAUGAGAAAAUGAAAAAUAUGUAAAAAGUGAUGUUACGUUUUAUGUUUUACAGGUUACCUACUUGAAACGUAGGUUAUUUUUAAACAGGAAUAUGUAUAGUAGAGGUUUAUGCUUGUGAGAUGUCUUCGGUUAGAAUGAUUUUCAUUUUCAGAACUUCAACACAACUGAAUAAUUUUAAAUGUCAUUCCUGUACAUAGGGUCUGAUGCUGAUACGCAACGCAGUUGUUUAGUGUUCCAUUUUUUUUCCAGAAGUGCCUUUGCACUUAAAUGUAGGUCUAUUUUACCGUUGCUUUCUAUUCUAAAAUACAUUUGAAAAUAUUUGUUGUAUUUUAAGAAUCUUGAUGUAAAAUAGCAUUCAAUUAUAUAUCCAUUAUAUUACAUUAUAUUUAAAGGGUACACCUUAUUUAUAUGUAUUGAGUAAUAUUUGUAAAUAAAGGUGCCUUUUGAAUUGUUAAACGUG